AUGACCCUCUUCACCCCUCGAGCGACAGGACCUAGCAGCAUUGACCUGCCACCACCGUCUCCGAUGCCGACAAAGCCAAUCAACCAUGACUUUGCUCGUCGAUACAAAACUUGGUUUGGACCUGCAAGUGACUGCGGUUACUGGGGCGAUAGCGGGACAUACGGUUGUGACGACAACUACAUCUGCCGAUUCCAUUCAUCGCAUGCCGGCUAUCCCGGAAUGAUGGGCUGCUGUUCCAAGGGCCCUGCUGGGCCAUGCAACGGAUUCUUUAGUACUUGUUACGGCCGCCACGAGAUAUCCAAAACCCCGUCUUUGCUGUCUUCGACAGACGAUUUCUUUGCAAUGUUCUGCACCAAGGAUGAUUCUCCAUAUUGCUUGCCCUGGAACUGGCCUGAGAUAGGCGUUUCCGCGUUCGAAUGUACCAAUUUCACUCUGAGUGAAACCGCUACGAUAGAAACCUUCUUCACGCACACAAACAUCGCAGGGUUCGGUAAAACAGCAGUGUUUGUCGUGUCAAUAUCAUGGAUUGAGGAUCCUGAAAUGAUUACACGUUUGGACUUCAAACCUACAAAACCUGCAACAUCCCAGUCGUCUCGAUCAACGGCUACAAACACAUCGGAGUCCUCUUCGGAGCCCUCUCCGAUCCUGGUCGGUGUAUUGGUUGGGAGUGUUGUUGGGAGUUUUGCGUCGCUUUCUGCUACGGUGAUCAUUCUCUGGAUGUUGCGAAAGGGGAGACUAUCCAAGGAUAAAACUAGCAAAAGCCCAAUGGACUGGAUGGUGAUUCAGUACCUUAGUCCUCGGACUGAACCUGAGUCUCGUGGUAUUGACGAACAUGGUUGUUUACGUUCACCUGUGGUAUCUGAGGUAUCUGCGGGAAGUAUGGAUCGUUGCUAG